CGAGACCUCUUUGCUUUGCCUCUUGAUACUGAUUUCCGGGAGGCUUUGGGAAGGAAGACUGCUAAACGCACCGCCCCGCAAGCCGGAGACUUAGCUGUUUCGGCACAACGAUCUCAUCUUACAUCAGUUCCUCCAUUAUCACACUGGAAUGGGCAGGUGUUACUUUUGACGCUAUGGAAACCUUUAAGGAUUCUGUGCUGCGAACAUUCACCGAUAACGUCAUUAACCUUGCAAUCGAGAGCUGCUUCAUCCAAGACCUUCCUUCGGCUUUCACACGGAGGCUUGUCAAUGGAAUGGCUGAUGACAAAGUUUCGACCAUCGCGAUGGAGUCUGAUCACACCCGCAGCUAUCGCACCGAGCUUGGGGAAGACAUCAAGCAGCUGA